AUUCUCUUUUAUUUCUGCCUAUUUAGAUUUUACUGCACAUGUUUAUCGAUUUUUGUGGAAUUUUCGAAAAGUAAUCAGAUUUAAUUUACAAAAUGGGCGCUAUAGGAAGCAGAUAUCGUGUAUCUAACUCUGCUUUAUCGAGCACAGAUAUAAAAAAUAUAGAAGAUGCCAAUAAACGGGAAAAUCCUGGAACUUUAGAUGAAUUGCACAAAAAGACCAAAGAGGUGAUGCCAGUAAACUUUGAAGGUGGCAAACUUAUGGUGAAUAAAGGAAUCUCUAAUCACUUUCAGAUGUCACACACUCUGACAAUGAGCUCUGCACAAAAUGGAUAUAAACUGGGUGCAACAUACAUUGGUACAAAACAGAUAUCACCAACCGAAGCAUUCCCUGUUGUGUUGGGUGAUGUGGAUCCCUCGGGGAAUGUCAACUUUAACUUUAUACACCAGUUGUCAUCUGAUGUCAGAAUCAAAGCUGCUGCACAGGUUCAGGAAUGCAAGUUGACUGCGACCCAGGGCACAGUGGAAUACAAAGGCCCCGACUACACACUGGCAAUGGCUAUUGGCAAACCAGACUUCAGUGAGAAAUCUGCAGUCUUUGUUGGACAUUAUCUACAGUCAGUAACUCGUCGGUUGGCAUUAGGAGCGGAACUGGUAUAUCAAUCUAGUUCGCGUGUGAUGGGAGGAGAAAUCGCCAUUGCUUCGGCAGCGGCUCGGUACACCAUGGACGAUUCGGAGGUGUCUGCGACACUGGGUCCGGCUAGUUUUCAUGUGUGCUACUUCAAACAAGCCAGUGAACAACUACAGGUGGUCGCAGAAAUGGACACGUCAUUCCGCGGUAUGGAGUCUGUGGGCACUAUUGGCUAUCAGGUCACGCUACCUAAAGCUGAUCUUGUAUUUAGAGGCAUGGUGGACUCCAAUUGGAACAUCGGUGCAGUGUUAGAAAAGAAACUGCAGCCCCUGCCAUUCACGUUUGCCCUCUCCGGAAUGGCAAACCAGAGCAAGCAGCAGUUCAAGUUUGGUUGCGGACUUAUCAUCGGCUAAGUGUUGUGUAGUGCAGUGUUUAAUGGUUAGAUAACAAUAUAACAGAAUAAUAAUAGGAAUGUUGCCAGAAAGACAGUGCUUUAAAUUUGAUUUAACUUUCAGUGUGUAUUUAAUAUUUUGACAGUUGUCAACAACUCCCCAAGGUGAUAUGUAUAUGGUAUUUUAUAGUAAUAAACCUAAUAGCGAAAAUCUACUUAUAAUAACUUCUUGAUAUCAUAAGUUGGAUAUGGUUUAUGACAUGAAUGAGAAGGUCUUAUUAAACAUACACAUAUUUGUGUUUCUCAAAGCUUGGACAAAAACCAAUGCUCAAGUAGGUUAAAAAUAACUAUCCUUUCGUAUAUCUUUUUGUUAUUACUAAUUCCAAUGUAAUAAUGUCCGUGUCCUUGGUUGUAAAGUAGACAUUCCUAUUCAAUUUAUUUGUCUAAUUCAAAUUAAAGUUAUGAACGAAAUAUUCCUAUUAUUAUUCAAAUUAAUGAUAUUUGUGGUAUCUUUGGUUACAAUUGUAUUGUGGUGUCUUGACUUCAUCUUUUACCUAUGUAUAUCUAGUGUAUUUUUACAAUGUGAGAUUGAUACAUAUAUCACAGAUUUAAAUAAAAUACAUUUUAAAGUAUUAUCUCUGUCACCCCAUCUUUAAUAGUGGUGAUUAAAGCUAUUAUGUAUAUCAUCUAGCAAUUAAUAUUGUGGUCUGUUAUUUGCUAUGUAUCACACUCUAUGUGUUCUACAUCCUAUAUAAUCCAAUAAUUUUGGCACAAAUUAAAUGUGUUUAAUAAGAAGUGAGGGAUUACACUAAAAAAUAAAAACUUAUUAAGGUCUAUAUUAAACACAUUCUCAUUAUUAAUUACUUUAUUAAUUCAAAAACUUGCUUAUAAAAUAAAAGAUUUAAUAUAUAAUAGCAUUAAGCGAGAUACUGCCAUAUAGCAACUUUGGCCAUUUCAAUUUGGCAAUUCUAAGGCGACAGAUGUCAUUAAAAUAGUUAUAACAAUUCGAUUGUUUAUAGUUUAACAAACUAUAAACUAUGUCCACUAAUGCCCCCUACCGACUGAAGACCUCCUUAAAUAGCUAGAAAAUCAGUUCAAAGCUGAGAAGAGUCGGGCCUCAAAUCACAGACCGGCUGUGUACGAUACUUAUGUCUAUUAUUUUGGAUAUCCAUAAUACUUAACGUUAAAUAUGAUGCUACAAUAACUCGAUUUAAAGAGUAUUUUAUUUAAAAGUUUUUUUUUUCUUUUCUAGUUUUUGUGGCAGCCAAUUUAGCCUGUCAUUUUGAGGUAGACCAACUAUGUAUAACCAAUGACAGAUAAUCUAUGCUGACACAAAUAUUUAAUGUCAGCAAUGUUUUUAUAUAAUGGCAAACAUUAUUUACAUUCUUUCCUACACAGAUAUGUACAGUCCACAAAUACACAAACUGGAUACCUACAUUUAUUAUUGUUAUGUGUGGGAUGUGUUGUCAAUAAAUAAAAAAUUGUUAUGAUUAAGUUAAGACACAGUAAUUAUGUGAUAAUCACAAGAUUAAUUGCAUUUGAUUUUCACUUUUGUUUUGUCCGUUUAAUAGAUAUUUCCUGACAUGGCAAUGAUGAACCGAAUGAACAGACAAAUUAUGUGAUGCCAGUAAUUUUAAAUAGAUAUUUAUACAUUGUAUUGUUGCGUGAAUCAGAGAAUUAAUGUGUUGUAUAGAUGACAUUAUAGAUAAUCAAUUAGCUGUUUCUCAGUAGUAAUUUUGCACAAUUUCUGAUGGUGUAUAAUAUCUGGUCGGUUACAAGGUUGACAUAACAUCAUUGAUUGACUGAGCUGAGAUAAUACAAAUUGCAAUGUUAGAUAAUUUAUAUGUCAAGAUAGUCUCUUGCUGCUAGACAACCAAUGAAAAGAAAGCUAUGUCUUACACUCGCGAUUUGUAUGUGCAUUACUCAAAAUAGAGGUUAACAGUCAACCUCAAUUUUUACCUCUAUCUAGACGUUUAUAUAAUCUAAGAUUGCAACUAGUUACUUUGUAAUUAAGUUUAUCUACACCCAUGCUUUUAAACCUCUUAUUAAAUAUUCUGAAACAGUUAGUUUAUUGCCAACAUUAAAACACCCAAUGUUCUAAUAACCAUUACAAUAAUCCAAACGAGUGUUGUAGUAUUGUACUGAAUUUCAUAACAACACUCCUAUGUUUUUUUUCGAUCCCUUCAUGCGCAAAGAGUUUCAACAGACAGCCACAUUCUUAUUGCUCGAUGCGUGGUAUCAGUAUGAAUUUCAAAAAAAGAACUUUUUCGCUUACGCGCGUUCCACGAGAGGAUUUAUAUUCUGGUUGUAGAUAAAGUCUUGUAUGCAACUUUUGAUGAUUAGGUAUGUGAUACUAUUAUAAAACUCGGCUUCGAUUCGUGUGAUAAAUCCACAUUCGUCUUUUAAUACCCCUCAUUACAUAACAGUUGCAUAAAUAACUAUUGAUUCACAUCCACAUGUCUUCAUCAUUUUAUAUACUGUUAUUUUUUUGUAUUUGAAUGAAAUCUGUAUAAUUCACCUAAAGUAGCAUAAAAAAUAUAUGUGGCUCAAACGUAAAUUUCAAUUGGACCAAGAUUGAAAACUGCUAUAUGGCAACUCUGCGGUCAAAUAUUUCUAAUUACAUUCUUAUUGAGUAAUUAAUUGUGUAGCAAAUUAAUUAUAUAUGGCUGAAGAUGGGCUUUGUAAACAGUGUUUUAAUGAACAUCUAUACCCAUGCUUUAAAUCCCUUAUUAAAGAUUCUAAAACAGUUAGCUUAUUGCCAACAUUUAAACACCCAAUGUCCUAAUAACCAUUACAUCAUCCAAACGAGUGUUGUAAUGAAAUUCAGAACAACAUUAUAUCAUCCAUUUUCAUACUAACACUGCUUUGGAUGAUAUAGUUACUAGGACUUUUUUAAUAUUAGCAGUAAACUAAAGCUUUCAGAAUCUUUUAUAGAGGAUUCAUAUUAUGGGUGUAGAUAAAGUCUUGUAUGCAACUGUUGAUAAUUAGGUAUUAAAACACUCAUGUGAUACUAAUCACCCAUAUGAUAAACCCACAUUCGUAUUUUAAUACCCCUUAUUACACCACAGUUGCAUAAAUCUUAUAUCUUUAAACGAGCAAUUCUUGUAUAUAAAUAUAUAUAUAAUCUGAACCUCGGAAACGGCUCCAACGAUUUUAAUGAACUUUAGUAUACAGGUAGUGUUGGGGGCGAGAAAUCGAUCUAGGUGGGUUUCGGUUUAAAAAAUUGUAGUUUUAUCCGUGUUUUAAUGAGAAACUGCUACAAUGACAUUAGAAUACAAAGGUAAAUUUAACCACUAUGUACAAGACUAUAAUAGCUCUGAUGGGACGUUGGGUGAUCAGGAAAGCAGAAGACCUCGGUUCGAAUCCAGAUGUCCUAUUAGUUUGUUUUUGUUCAAGUUUUGUGCCUUCUUAAAAAUCCGAGCAAUGCUCGGUCGUCCAGGUACUAACUAUAAAAGCAGCAUUAAUUGCAUAAUAAAUUAUCUAUGAUAUUCACAUCUAGGUUGACUGUCAAUAUUAGUUCCUAUUUCAGCCACAUGAAAAUUCUGUUAUUGUCUAUUAUUGCUAUAACAUUAAUAAUACUAAAAUGACACUGAGAUAGCCCUUACCAUAAUUCAAAUGACUAUAACGUGUAAAAAAAUUUGAUAAUUAAGCUUUUGAUUUUAUUGUAAAGCAUUGCACUAGCAAGCAGUGGGUGAUGACAAUGGACAUGUCAAGAUAAUGUUUAUGAUGUAUGAAUGUAGAUAGAAUAUGGCAUAUUGUACAUAGCCUGUUGUUGAACUGUUUAUUUUUAAUAGUUAUGUUAUUAAUGA